AUCGUGAUCAAUUGUUAUUCAUUUGCGCACAUCCAGGAUUUAUACUUGUGCCCAAUGGUCUGAGAUUGAUAUCUAGGAUCUCCUGUAGACCCAUUGUACCGACAUAGUAUUAAUUGAACUUCUGGAUGAUACCAGAAAAAGAAAAGAUACACAAAUGGUGCAACUGAUGCAUCAUAUUGUGGAGUACAAAUUCUCUCAGGGAUACUUUAUACACGUAGAUUGUGUUGUUAGGUGUCUUUUUUUUUUUUUUUUUUAAUAGUUCUUUUUUUUAAAACGGUGUUCUAAGUGAUACCUUUCGUUCGUUGCAGGUUGAUGAAUGAUGAGAGUCAAUGAAACGUGCGUGAUCAUGCGUACUGUCUGUUCAUGUACCAUUGAGCUCAGUGAUGCUCGAUUUUUAAUUGAUCAUUGACUAAAUAAAUGAUUCGAAAUUGACUGGCUUUAGUGAAUACCGUUUGGACAUGGGAGAGAUUGUGCUUGAACACUGAUAGCCCUUAAUUUAUCUAGAAAAAUUUGUUCGAGGAUGUCUGAACAUUUUAAUUCAUUAAUUUUCAUUUCUGAAGAGGAUUUUCUAUUUUAUAAUUAUUUUCUAUGGACCCUCGUAUCAUUUAUAUUUUACAAUAAUCCUUAAAGAAAAUUCUGCUGGAAAUUAUUUAUAAAUAAUUCGAAUUUGGAUGAAUUUUCUUGAAGUUUGUCGAUUAUACACAGAUUUCUGUGGAUUCUGAAGUUUGAAACGCUAGAGGGUUGUUUGCGAAAAAGAAGAAUUAAUUAAAAGUUUUGCAAGCAAAUUAGAAAUUUUAGAAAUGAAUUGCACAGAGGAGGAGCUGACGAAGAGGAAUGUUUUUCAUUUGAAUAUCUUGAAUCCUUUGAUCAAAAUUUUUGAAAGUUAUAUGAUAAUUAAGAAAGAACUAAGUCCGGAUGAAUUUUGCUUAAUGUUAUUUGCGAAGAAAGAAGAGAAAGAACGAUGCGAAAAUGAUUACGAUUUGCUCAGGGAACGUUUUGAUAAUCUUGAAGAUCUUAAGGUUUUAAAGGAUUUAUCAAUCUCGGAGCAGAAUAUAAUUGCCGAUUUGUUUAUAAAUAUUGUUCGUUACGAGUCGGUCUUGGAGGCAAUAAGCAAGGAUUUUUUGAACCAUCUUCAUUAUCGCAAUAAUAACGAGUUGUAUCAAACUAUGGUGCUGGUGUACACUCUCUCAUACAGAAUUUCCAAUCUAUUUUUCGAAGAAUCUAUCGACUGUUUCGUUCACUUUAAAAUUAAGAAAAUUUUGUCUUUGGUUUUGUAUCUUCUUCGUUCGGAAACCUCGAACCUUUAUUACGAGAAGGGUCGUUUAAUUUUCGAGGAAGAUUUUGUGGAACAGAAACUUGUACUACCAUUUUUAGAGAUUACGUCGUGUUUAGAGAAACUUCGGGACCAAUUAAAGGAGUAUCUGCGAAAGAUGAAGAAGCCUAAACCAAAAUUAACAAUUCCAACGUUUAUGAACGUUUUGAAUCAUCCGAGGCACCCAACCAGAGCACCUCCUCCUACACCUGAAGACUUGUCGGCGAUGAGAUUCGCCCGAGAUGUACCGAGGACAAAUUACGUUAAACCAUCGACUGAGAUGAGAUUGGAAUCGUUGCGAGUUGCGAACAAAUUGCAAGCUAUGAAUUUAUUGAAGGAUGCGAACGAGAAUGCACCGAGUUGUCUGAAACGUUGCAAAGUUUUCGUGAAGUCAACUGAGGAAGAAAAACCGAAAGCUACAUUCGUAAGGAAAUCGGCUCCGACGUUCAAGCCUGUCGUGGUGAAACACACGGCAGCUUCGACUUUGAGGGAAUGCGCUCGUGUGAUCGGUAACGAAGAGAAAGAAAUAAGAAAAUUAAAGGGUUUAUUGGAAGGAGGGCUGGAUCCAUCGGCGAUAUCAAAGUUCGAGGAAGAGAAACGGCAACAACAGAAAGAAGAAGAAUUGUUAAAGAUUCAAGAGAAACAUCUUUUAGGGUUGUUAACACACGAAGGUGCUUUUAUUGCAAAGCAAUCGUUGCUAAAUGACAUUAAAUCCCACGCUGAAAGUGUACGGAAAGAGAAACAAGAAUUGUAUGAAAAAUUAGAAAAAUGGAGAGAAGAUCAUAAUAAACAGAUGAUAGAAAUCGUCGAAAAAUGCCGUGAAGUUGAACAAUCAUCUCGCGAAGCUUUUAACGCUAUGAUCGAUGAAAAACGACAAAAAGCUGCUGAAGUAUCGGAAGAAUCACGUCAAUUGAAACUCCAGAUGAUAAAACAGAGAGAGGAAGAAACUCAGAGAAAGAUAAAAUUGAUACAAGAAAUCAAAACGCUUCAAUCAUUACGAGCUUUACCUUUUAAAGAUUUCGAUCCUACCGAAUCCAGUGGGUUGGGUCUUUUUUGCGAAAUGUCCUUAGUGGAGCUGAAAGAACGAUUAUUUUGGACGAAGAUGAAAUUGAACGAAGAGAUCCAGAACCGGAAGUCCGCCAUUCGCCAACAACGCGAUCGACAGAAAAAUUUGAUCAAAGAUACUCGUAGAGCACUCGAAGAAUAUAAAGCAAACAAACAAGCUGCUCCAUCGAUGAAAUCGGAGCUGAAGGAAGUAAGUUCACCGGAAAUAGAGGCGUUGCGAAAGAUGUUGGAGGAACGAAGAGCUUUAAGAUAUCAAAAGAACAACGUCUGUAAUUCUAGUUUUAACAAGUAAAAUGACAGUGUUUCGUGAUUUAUUCUCCUCAUGUGUGUUAUGUAGGAAUUGAGUAACAAUUGGAGGAUGCUGAAUCAUUGUUAUGCACUGACAAUAUUCUUAUCACGUUUUCGACGCUGUUUUAGAGCAUAAUGAGUCGUUAAAUAUUGUGCUAUAAACUAUAGUUAAAAAUUGAACAGUCAUUAUCUCGAUAUUGGUAUGCUUCUUACGAAAGUUUGUUCUUUAGACUUUAGAUAAAAGAUUUUAAUAAUUUUUGUUAAAAAAAUUUGUUGACAAAUUAUCGAAUGGAUACCAUCAAAAAAAUGUUUGUAUAAAAUAUUUUACAAAGGGUUAAUAAAAUUUUAGGGGUUGCACUUAUGACAUCAUUAAAAAAAUUUAGAAAUAAUCCUGAAGAAAAAGGAACGUUUUAAUAAUUGUUACAUUGUACAAUUGUAAUUGUUAAUAGUACAAUUUCUUACUAAU